AUGCUUUUAAGGCUUCUGGUCGUGUUUGCUCUUACUCUUUUCGAGGCACACGCUGAGACGCAGGGCUUGUUCAGUGAUGACGUGGAGGAGUUCGAAAGGUCUACAAACCAGUCUCUUCUGUGGGCUCCGUACCGCUCGAAUUGCUACUUCGGGGUGAGACCCAGGUUCAUCAAUGAGAACCCUCUUAUGAUGGGGCUCAUGUGGUUUGACGCUUCACAUGCCCAGGGAAUCAGUAGCCUCCGCCACUUUGUUGAACAAAACGACCGGCUAGAGAAGUAUGGCUACGAGUUGUACGAUCCAAGGAUAGGAGGUAAGGAAGCUAUCAUCGAUAGAGAAAAUAACCUCAAUCUUACGAUCCAUUUUGUGAAAAGCAAAGACGGCGAAAAUUGGGCUGUAAGAGUGUCAGGGAGUCCUUUGGACUCAUCCAAAUUGAGCGCAUCUUCCCUGGUAGUCUACCUAAGCCAAAACGGCCCAGGAGGGCGCUUGGAAUCGGAGCACGGCAAAACAUCAACUGAAAAACGCAUUGAAUUGAAAGGCUCUGCUCCAGAGUUGGGAGACUACGAAAUAACUAUCGAGGAUAUCUCUGGCCAACACUACAAAAGAGGCCCAGCGUUGGGGCCUGAUAUAGAUGGCUCGAAAACAUCACACAUGUCUUUAACAGUGCCAGGUGACCAAGUGUGGAAAGCGCGCGACAUCUUUCAAAGUUUACUGACGGAUUCAAUACAGAACAUCAUAACCAGUGGAAUCCCCAUGGAUGCUUUGUCAAUCCCCUCUGCGUUAAUGAUCAGGAACAUUCAUAACUUUCCACCUGGAAACUUUCAUUUUGUCCAGAAAACCUUUGAUCUUGCGGAGCCCUUUGAAUUUGACAUUAUUUUCAACAACAAAGCUAGCAGACAGCCCAUUGGCUCUAGCGCCGAAGUGUCUAACUUAAUAUCUUGGAGCACUAAUGAGCUCAAAGCGCGCUUUGACAGCAAGUUCGAUAUCAAGGACUCGUCCUUGAAGCAAUUUGCGCAAGAAACCCUAGCAAAUUUACUGGGAGGAAUAGGAUACUUUCAUGGGACCCAGCUGGUAGAUCGAUCCACAGAAUUUGACGAAGAGCAGUUUAAUAAAAUCGAACUGCGAGCACCUCGCGAGGAGGGUCCCAUACAGCUUUUCAGCUCUGUACCUAGCAGGGCAUUCUUCCCUCGAGGCUUCUAUUGGGACGAGGGUUUCCAUAUGUUACAAGUUAUGGAAUAUGAUUUUGAUCUCGUCUUAGAGAUUCUGCAAAGUUGGUUUCUACUAAUCGAAGAUGACAGCGGCUGGGUUGGCCGUGAGCUUAUUUUAGGCAGUGAAGCGCGGAGCAAAGUCCCAGAAGAGUUUCAAGUUCAAAACCCAAAUAUUGCCAAUCCCCCAACUUUACUGCUUUGUUUUAGUGAGAUGCUUACCCGUGCUCAGGAGUUUCAGGACUCUAUCGCAGGCGGCGCCGAAGAGUCAUCAAUCACACCUUCAAGUACUGAAGAGUUGUUGAAGCGCCCGGAAUUGUUAAUGUCCUUCGCUGAAAAAGUGUACCCAAAGCUGUUGAAACAUUACGAAUGGUGGACCGGAAGCCAGCGUGGUUUCACAGAAGAAUAUUCUGAAGUACUGCAAGAUGGGUUUCAUCCAAACGAAGCUUUCAGGUGGGUUGGGAGGACUUUCACCCAUUGCCUCCCUAGCGGCCUCGAUGAUUACCCACGCGCGCAGCCGCCGGAUGUUGCCGAAUUGCAUUUGGACGCACUUUCUUGGGCUGGAAUUAUGUCAAGGUCUAUGAAGCAGAUAGCUGAUGUGCUCAACAUGGCCGACGAGGUUGACAAGUUUUCCAAAAUUGAACAAAACAUCAUAGAAAACCUGGAUACCAUACAUUGGAACGCAGACCAGAAGUGCUACUGUGACGUGACUAUUGAUGACGAUUUCGACGAGUUGCGCCGAUUUGUGUGCCAUGAGGGAUAUGUAACACUUCUACCUUUUGCGUUGAAGCUCGUUCCGAGAGACUCGGAUAAACUACAGCACUACGUCGAACUCAUGGGCGAUACCGACAAGUUGUUUAGCGACUUUGGUGUUCUUUCACUAUCAAAACAGGACGAAUAUUUUGAAACGGGCGAAGCUUAUUGGAGGGGUCCUGUUUGGAUAAACAUGAACUACCUCUUGUUGGACAGUUUACUGUACUACUUCCAAGGUGGUGGCGAAAAUCAAGACACAGCGACUGCCGAACGGGCAAGGGCUGUCUACUCAGACCUCAGGAAAAACCUGAUAGCUAACAUGCAUCGUGUUUGGUCUGAAAAAGGCUAUGUUUACGAAAACUACAACCAGCGUACAGGCAACGGCUCUGGAGUGCAGCACUUCACAGGCUGGAGUGCUUUGAUUGUUAAUAUUAUGGGACGCCUGCCGGUAACGCUCUGA